AUGUUGCUCCGGGAAUUAGAGAACCUAGUUUCUAGCUCCGGGGACUACAGAGAAUGGAAGAACCUAGUUUCUAACUCCGGACACAACAGAGAACUAGAGAACCAAAUUCUAGUUCUGGGGACUGUUCUGAAGAGCAUAGUUUCUAUCUACGGGGACUACAGAGAACUGAAGAAACUUGUUUCUAGCUCCGGGGACUACAGAGAACUGGUGAAACUUGUUUCUAGCUCCGGGGACAACAGAGAACUGGGAAAACUUGUUUCUAUCUACGGGGACAACAGAGAACUGAAGAAACUUGUUUCUAGCUCCGGGGACUACAGAGAACUGAAGAAACUUGUUUCUAGCUCCGGGGACUACAGAGAACUGAAGAACCUAGUUAUUAUAACCUCCCGGAACUUCAGAGAUCUGAAGAACAUAGUUUCAAGCUCCAGGGACUACAGAGAACUAAAGAACCUAGUUUCUAGCUUCGGGGACUACAGAGAACUGAAGAAACUUGUUUCUAGCUCCGGGGACUACAGAGAAUUGAAGAAACUUGUUUCUAGCUCCGGGAACUACAGAGAACUGAAGAAACUUGUUUCUAGCUCCGGGGACUACAGAGAACUGAACAAACUUAAUUCUAGCUCCGGGGACUACAGAGAACUGAAGAAACUUGUUUCUAGCUCCGGGGACUACAGAGAAUUGAAGAAACUUGUUUCUAGCUCCGGGGACUACAGAGAACUGAAGAAACUUGUUUCUAGCUCCGGGGACUACAGAGAACUGGGGAAACUUGUUUCUAGCUCCGGGGACUACAGAGAACUGAAGAACCCUGUUUAUAGCUGCGGGGACUACAGAGAAUUAAAGAGUUUUGUCAAUAGCUCCAAUAGCUAA